UUCAUCUGGUCAAGCAUACAAUUCAACUGUCAACAUAAUGAUCAUUAUAAUUGUUAUUUCGAUGCUUUUUGCAAUAUCAUGUAAUAGCUUUCUCGUUUUUUGUGCAAAAUUGAAGAAGGACAAGAAGGCUACUUUAGAGGAAGUCACUCCACGGGGAACCACACCGCUACCGCAAUGUUCAAGACAAUCGAGGAUUGUUGACAGGGAUGACAGAGGUUCAACAAAAACGAAAGGAGGUCGGAGAGGAGUCAAAAGCAGUAAAGAACCAGAUUCCACGGAUGAUGCUUUCAAAGAAAUGGCAAAGCGUUUAGCGAAGAAGGAUAAACCUGAGAAAACUGGAGAUUCAAUUGUUGGAGAUGACGACGAAAACCCUCUUGCACAGUUCCAGAUGCCUGAACGACCAGUUGUCCCACCAAAUUAGGAUGGUGCAACAUUGGAGAACAUUGUUGAGAUGGAGAAGAAGCCUGUCUCAAAACAACCAACGAUUCGAGCUGUAACUCCAUCAGGUGGCCCGAAGACUGCACAGGCGAUUUCAGUUGCUCAACCGCCUCCUAUUCUUCAAAAGUCCCAGAAAUCCAUUAUCCCCAAGAAAGAAAAAACAAUAACCACUGAUAAGACGCAAUCUGAUCCACGUGCCAGAGAGAUUGAGAGCACUCAGCAUGUGACCAAUAUGACACUUGAAGAUGCAAUCGAUACUGGGAAAAACGAAAAGGAACC